CAACUGCGAUGCUCAGCGGCGUAUGGACACUCGUUGAGCGUCCUCGACUUGCCGGCUCUGUGCGAAGACUACACUCCUCACGCGUCGCGCAACUUGCGACGCCUGCGCCAGCCUCUCCGUCCAAACCUAAAUGGACACCGAACUCUGUGCGGACGGGUGUCAUUGCACGAAAACGCGGCAUGACCUCGCUAUGGACCGACCAAGGCGCAAGGAUACCUGUGACUGUGUUGCAGCUUGAACAGUGUCAAGUGACCGCGAACAUAAAAACCAUGCGCAGGGACCACACCGAAUACCACGCCGUACAAGUCGCGGCGACCGAUAGGCCAGCUAAGACCCUCUCGAAGUCAAUGAUUGGCCACUUCCGAAAGGCGCAGGUGCCGCCCAAGCGGAUUGUGCGAGAGUUCCCUGUGUCGCCCGACGCACACAUUCCACUCUCUGCUAUUCAUUUCGUGCCGGGCCAGUUUGUGGACGUGGUGGCCAAGGGUAUCGGCAAAGGCUUUGCUGGAGGCAUGAAGCGAUGGAAUUUUGGGGGACUGGCGGCCAGUCAUGGUGUAUCCGUGUCGCAUCGUUCGUCUGGUUCGACCGGUCAACAUCAGGACCCAGGCCGUGUCUUCCCCGGCAAAAAGAUGCCGGGACGUCUCGGAGGAAAACGCAUAACGACGCAAAACCUGGCCGUCGUGCGCAUUGACACUAGCCUCGACCUUGUCUUUGUGCGGGGUGCGGUCCCCGGUGCCGACGAUGCGUAUGUGCUCAUGUCCGACGCCAAGAAGAAGAUGCUCGCUCCGGCUGCGCACAACCAGGCCAAGGGGCUGUUCGAGAAGGUUUUGCCCACCGGUGUCGACGACUUGCCGUUUCCCGCUGGCACGGCCAAGCUUGCCAAAACGCUGCCUACGAUUGUUGAAUCCCCGGCGUACCGCAGGAGUCCAUUCAUCCCCCAAGAGUAGAGUGUAGCAUGUAUAUAUCUCGUAAUAAUACACCCGAAAACGGAGAAA